CUUCAGUUUCAACCAAAACUCGGUUCGCUUGAGAUCGUCCGCCGCCCACGGUUGCGGAGGAAAUCAGCGGUGCCUCAACCAACAUUGGACCUGCUCAGGACAAGCAGCUAUAACCUUAAACCAGCAAAUCCCUGCCCAAGUUUUCCGUCUGACUCUCCUUGUUGGAUUGGAUGAAGACCGGGAUCGUCAUGGUUCAUGGUUUUUCUCUCUUGUAAGAACCAGUCUUUUAAAUCUGUGUUUGUCCAUCACUUAUCACAAAUCUCUCAACCCCUUUUCUGAUUUGAACCUCGUCCGUUUCGGGAAGACCUCUUUAUGAUCCUUCUUCUCCGUUCCAUCACGUCGUUCCAGGAAUAAGAGCUACUCUGCUUCAUAGCUGCAUACAAAGUUGCUUUAAGAGAUGAGCUUCGGAGCAGCAGAGGAAGAUUCGGCUCCACAGAUUCAACUCCCAGCAGAUGUGGAUUGGCAUAUGCUUGACAAAUCAAGAUUCUUCUUCCUUGGAGCAGCACUGUUCUCGGGUGUAUCGGCUGCUCUCUACCCAGCUGUGGUGCUCAAGACGAGGCAACAAGUCUCGCACACAGCGGUCUCUUGCUUCAAGAUGUCGUUCUCCAUCAUGCGGCAUGAAGGCCUGAGAGGGUUCUACAGAGGGUUUGGCACGUCCCUGAUGGGCACAAUCCCAGCAAGGGCUCUUUAUAUGGCUGCCCUUGAGGUCACCAAGAGCAGUGUUGGGUCAGCCACUGUGAAGCUAGGGCUCUCGGAGACCAGUGCCCUGGCCAUUGCCAAUGCUGUGGCAGGGCUGAGCUCGGCAAUGGCUGCUCAGCUCGUGUGGACCCCAGUGGAUGUGGUUAGCCAGAGAUUAAUGGUCCAAGGCCAACAGAAUGGCUUCACUAGCAAAAAGAGCUUAAUUGAUCAAGUGGGUAUUGAUUCUUGUAGGUACAAAAAUGGUCUCGAUGCAUUCAAGAAAAUACUAUGUGCCGAUGGUCUGAGAGGCUUAUACAGAGGAUUUGGCAUUUCAAUUUUGACGUAUGCACCUUCAAAUGCGGUUUGGUGGGCUUCUUAUUCCGUGGCCAAUAGGCUCAUCUGGGGUGGUUUUGUGGGCCAAAGUGGCGACAGAAGCCGAAAAGACAGCUGCUCUUCUCGUUCUUGCUUUGGGGCUGAAUCAAGAUCAAUGCCGACGGUGGCUGUGCAGGGUCUGAGCGCAGCAAUGGCAAGUGGGGCUUCUGCAAUAACCACCAUGCCAUUGGACACAAUCAAGACGAGAUUGCAAGUGUUGGAUGUAGAAGAUAAUGGCAGAAGAAGAGCACUCACUACCAUGCAGGCUGUGAGGAGCAUGGUGAGAGAAGGUGGGUUUGGUGCUUGUUACAGAGGGUUGGGACCAAGAUGGGCUUCAAUGGCCAUGUCUGCAACAACCAUGAUCACCACCUAUGAGUUCCUGAAGAGAAUAUCUGCUAAAAACCAGGAAUGCUUCAGUUCUUGAUUGAAGGAUUAGAUCGAAGCAGAACAUAUGAGAUGGCACAAUUUUUCUCUUUCUGUUUAGAUAGAUAUUUUCUCAGAUUCCUUUUUAGAUAGAUGCUCUCAAAUUGGCAACAUUUGGUCUGCUUGAGAAAAAGGGCUCACUGAAUGUAAAUCAAUCUUAACUUCAAGAUAAUGAAUGUAGAAUU